UGCGUUUUACUUUGCAUUUGCAUUUUUCGCGCAAUGCGAUAUACAUAUGCGCGAUACAAAUUCAUAAUUUUCAGAAGUGAAAUGCGCAGGUUGUUUUUUGUUCGGUAGUGUACGUAACUUCGUCUCAGUUUCCGGUAUUCAUCGAUUCGUGAAGCCGAUGCGAAGCACAACGGAUUCUGCAGCAGGUGGAAUAAACUGCAAUAUUUUAACUGGUUCGUCCGAGAAAUGUUCGCGUGAAAUGACGCUGGACGCACGCUGCGGAAUAGCCUCGACGCCAAGCGAUAAAAUAUCUUCUGAUUAGCGCGCGAUGUGCGAAGUAUCGAAGGGGCAGCGGCGGACGUUUCGCGACCAGGAUCCGCCGCGAAUAUGCAAUAAGAGCGCGGAGAACCUGCUGCGGGAUGAGCUCGAGUUCUCGCGUUCGACUCCGAGCUCGCCGACGACCCUUCAACGCGCCGCCAGCCUCGAGAAAUGCUUCAGCGAGCCGGAGUUCUUCCAGAAGCAGCGCGAGCUGCUCUCGAAGCACGAGCAGCGGACGAGGGAGAAGGGCGGCGAUGGCGGUGGUGAGGAAAACGUCUCUCCCGCAAGCGGCGCGGACGACGAUGCCGGAAGUACGACCGACGUCGCGAGGAGCACCGAGGACUUCCUGAGGGAACUCUCCGCCAAAGUGCCUUCCCCCUGCAAUCAGGCAAACGAGGUGAUUACUAACGGUCUCAAGUGCAACUCGGACGACGUGGACGGUUUGACAAACGGAAGAAAAAUGGCACCGGUUCUUGGCGUACCGCCUCCGCCACCGCCGGCUCCUCACAUGGGACCAGAUGGCCUGAUCUUGCCGAGGAAACCAUAUAACCCUUGCCUUAUCUCCACUAAUCAUAAGGAUCUUCACAGAGAGUUACUCUUCAAUCAGAAAAUCGGCAAGAAUGUCUUGAACCAGAAGAGCGAGCUGCAACGUGCGCUGGAGAAACAAAGAGAAGCUGCGUCGAGAAGGGAAGCCGAAAGGAUCCGAGAGGAGAGCUAUAAGGAUGAUCCCAGGACCGCCUUGCAGAGGGCGAUCGAGCAGAGAGCAAGAAACAUUCAAUUAACGCAAGAGCAAUCACAGGCGACGCAGCCGCCGAGCAACCUUUUGAUAACGGCGAGAGCGAAGCUGAGACCUCGCACCGAGUCUCAGUGAAUCCCAGCGGAUCGGAUCGUGAUCGGUGGUCGCGCUAGCCGCGAAGCGACGUCACGCCCGAGCGGAGAGAGGACGAUCGAUCGUACGUGCGAUCGAUCCGCUCGGGCGGCUCGUAAUUUCACACCCCGGCGCCUUAUCGAUCGCAAUCAGUGUACAUACGCAUAACCCGAUAAGAUUUCGUCAACACGAGGAUUAUUACGGCGUCACUCGGCGCGUUCGUAGGUGUGUUGUAACAGAGACGUUGAGACAAAGCGCGCGAACAGAACGUCACGAGAGCGUAUUUAAUCACCGAUCCCGAGCGAGAGGAUCCGUCUCGAAGGACACGUGGGGUACUUAGCACAUUACGAUCGCAAAAUCAUUCCCAAACAGCAACGCGAGCGUCCCGAAGAUUAGGACUGUCUUUAGGACGUCGUUAAAACGCCGUAAAAUUACGAUGCCGCUUGUGUAUCGUCCGGAUCAAGUGUAACGCGCAAAAGGAGGCUCGUAAAAGAGCGUCUCGAUGUACAAUCAGCAACCAUGUGUCUUCGUCGCGUUUAGUAGUAAAUCAAUGUGCCGAGUUUAGCUUGACGAGUUUACGCCGGCGAUAAAUAUUCCGGUUAAUUAUCGUAACGGGGAUAAUAUGCGGGUAAUCCGGUUAUUAUACGUGUAAACACCGACUUGAAUGUAACGACCACAAGGUAUUUUUUUUUUCCUUACGAGAAUGUACGCUCGCGACUUCGUCGUGGGAACAUCGGCAGCGCGGUAGUCACGCAAUUCGGUAGUAAAAUAGAUUGACAAUAGACAGUAGUGAUAGAGACGGCGAGAUAACGUGGAGGAAUUUACUCGUGAAUGACAUCGUCGAUCGUUUGAACAGGACGCUGUUCUCGUUCCGAGCCUUUGAUCUUAAUCGAGAUGUUUCCUUUUUUUUCUUAAUUUGGAAAAGUUCAGUUUUCGAAAUUAUUAUUUAUAUUAUAUUUAUAAAAUUCAACAAUGAAUGAAACGCGAUUGCUUUUAUUCAUUUGCGCAAAAAAAAAAUUUAUUGCAGCAAAUAUAAUUUGAAAAAUAAAUAUCGUUUGGUUUUCUCUAGUAUUAGAACCGCUUAAGAUUGAUUGCUCGAACACACGCAAAUGUCCAUUCACGAUUAUGCAUCCGCGCUUCUGGACGAGUUCGUGCAUACGUGCCUAGACAAUGAUUCGCGACGCACGAUCGCUUUCACUUCCCUACCUACCCUCCCGGAAGUCACGACGGUGUCUUCCACGAUCCUCGGCGCAAUUCGGGCACGUAGAGACAGAGUGUAUUUUGUACGAAACUUAUUCAGAUCGUCGACAGUGGCAUUACUUCGUUAUAAUCUUAUUGGACACGUCAUGUGUGAAUAAUCUGAUCAACGAGUCACACGCGGCACACCGUAGGACGGUUCCGCGAAAAUAAUCGCACGACUUAUCGUUGAGGCUCCUCGAUUUGUCACUUGAGCUUCCGACGUUGUUAGUCAAAGCGUUGCUAUAGCCGGCGAUGACUUAUCUGGGGCUUCAAUGCUAUUUAUUGCUAUGCGCAAACAAACGAGAAUCGAAAAUUGUAUCAUCAUAAUUAUGCAGAAAUGAUGCCACCGGGAGUAAGAAAUAAUUUCCCUUAGAGAAACGAGAGAUGGUAGUUGAGGACUCCGCGGGACCAUGUGUUCGUAUAUCUCGUUGCAUGGCAGCGAGAGAUGUUUGACGUCUGCCCCUCGCAGAGUGACGACUAUUACGAAUCGUAUGUAUUUAGGUAUGGAACCGACGUCAUUAUAUUUCAUGGCCCAUUACAUUUAGUGAAUCUUGUGCGGACGCGCAAUGCGCCUUAGAUCUAAAAUAACACAGGCCGUUCAGUUUGUUACACUUUUAAUUUACCGAUCUAUAAGGACUUUAUAACAUACAAUGCACGCUUGAACGUGUAAGGAAAUAUAUUCAACAUUUUCGGAGAAGCCACAAAUGGAGAAUACUUUCGUUUUCUUUUCUUUUUUUUUUCUUUUUGUACAAUUGCCACAUGUAUGUAUGUAUGUAUGUACGCUAGUUUAUCGUUCUAACAUAAAUUUAGUCACGACAUUCAAGAAUUAAGAUCGUCACAAUAUGGUAAAUCUUGAAUUCCAAAUAUAUUUUAUUCAAAUCCUAAAUGUCAACCCCGUCAUUUCUAAUCCUGCGUGUAAGAAAUAAUAAUAAAUGAGGUAAAAAAAGAUA